UUGAAAUGUUUGUUUUUAGGAUAGCACCGAUUUUUAUCCUGCCUGCUUUGUUUUUGCUCGCUUUUGCAAGCGAUGUGAAAGAAUUGGAAUGGUGGGAGACAACUAUUUUCUACCAGAUCUACCCAAGAUCGUUUAUGGAUAGCGAUGGUGAUGGAAUCGGGGAUCUAAAAGGAAUAACUUCAAAGUUGGAAUAUUUGAAGGAGUUAGGCGUUGGAGCGACAUGGCUGUCUCCAAUGUUUCAAUCGCCUAUGUACGAUUUUGGGUAUGAUAUCGCCGACUUUUACGAUGUUCAUGAUGAAUAUGGCACUAUGGAAGAUUUUGAUAAUUUGAUGGCAAAGGCCAAGGAAUUAGACAUAAAGAUUGUUCUCGAUUUUGUACCGAAUCACGGUAGCAACGAAAGUGUAUGGUUUGAAGAGGCAUUGAGAGGUCAUGAAAAGUACUAUGAUUACUUUAUGUGGGAGGAUGGUAUUAUGGAUGAAAAUGGGACCUUACGCCCACCAAAUAAUUGGAAUAGCGUUUUUCGUAAGAGCGCUUGGGAAUACAGGGAAGAAGUCGGCAAAUAUUAUUUACAUCAAUUCGUCAUUGGUCAACCGGAUUUCAACUAUCGUAAUCCUGAAGUUGUUGAGGAGAUGAAGAAUGUUUUAAGAUUUUGGUUUGAAAAAGGCGUUGCUGGUUUUCGAGUAGAUGCUAUAUCACAUUUGUUUGAAGUGGAUAAAGAAAAGUUUGGAGGAAGAUACCCCGAUGAGCCUUUAAGUGGUGACAGUACUGAUGACCCUGAAAAUUAUAAUUACUUGGAUCACAUUUAUACCAAAGAUCUGGAUGAAACUUAUGACAUGGUAUAUCAAUGGCGAGAAGUCUUCGAAGAGUAUAGUAAAAAAGAUGGCUUAGAGAGAGUAAUGAUGACUGAAUCUUACGGAAGCCCACAGGUCACCAUGAAGUAUUUUGGUGAUGGGGAACGUGACGGCUCGCAUAUGCCUUUCAAUUUUGUACUUAUAUCUGACGUUAAUGGUGAUUCAAGUGCUGCUGAAAUAAAAUACGCUCUUGAUAAAUUCUUGACAUUUAAGCCUAUCGAUAAACUUGCAAAUUGGGUGGCUGGAAAUCACGACAAUAACAGAGUAGCAUCGAGAUUCAGCCCUAUGUUAGUUGAUGGAGUGAAUAUGAUUGUUUUACUGCUUCCUGGAAUCGCAGUUACUUACAUGGGUGAGGAAAUUGGUAUGGUAGACGGUUAUGUAAGCUGGGAAGAUACAGUUGACCCAAGCGGCUGCAAUACAGAUGAUCCUAUUAAUUAUGUAUCAGCCUCGCGCGAUCCAGAAAGAACUCCAUUCCAGUGGAGUUCCGAGAAAAACGCCGGUUUCUCGACUGGUGACAAAACUUGGCUACCAGUUGCUGAGGGUUAUGAAACUCUAAAUGUAGAAGUACAGCGUACUGUUGAACGAUCUCAUUUAAACAUUUAUAAGACCUUAGCAAAAUUACGAGCGGAACCAGCGUUCAGGCAUGGCAGAUAUGAAUCGGUUGCCUUUAAUUCGGACGUAUUUGCUUUCAGAAGGUGGCACGACGGUGAAACUUACAUAGUAAUCAUUAAUCUUAGAGAUGUUACUUAUGAUAUUGAUCUCACUUACUUUGAUAAUGUACUAGGAGACCUUGAAGUUGUUGUUAAUAGCCUUGAUUCACCGAAGACUGUUGGAGACGUCUUCGAGGUAUCAGCUGUGCCUGUAGCGGGAUACGAAGGAAUGGUUUUAAAGUUAAUUUAAUAAUUCACCUACAUU